AUGCCACAACAUGAUCCUUCCAAAAUAAUGGGAGAUCCAAAGGACUGUUGGAUCCGUUACGAUUCGGAACCGAACCAGACUCUCGAACAGGCGUAUCGUUCCCAAAAUGGAACAGGGCGUUGCACUCCAAUGACACACUACACGAUCGAUUUCGAGUUGAUGCUGCAGAGGAAAAUCACGACUGGAUAUACUCGUCGUGUUUGCCGUUUUGACGUAGACAAUAAUGCUGAAGACUCAAAGACGACAUCGUCAGCACUGACAACUAUGGUUCAGGAGCAACGCAUGCUUCGACCAGAGACGAGUAGGUUCCUCCAUGCAUUGCAUAAAUAUCUGGAUUGUCGAACUCGAAUGUAUGACAAGUAUCUAGAGGUGGAUGAAUUUCAAACCAUUUACAAGUAUCCGAUAUUAGAUGAUUCUGGUGGUAUCGUAAAAUGCGAGAAUCCAACGGAAUACAAGGCAAACUACCAACAACAAUCGAUUGAAGGGCGGACGGUGCAAGGAUUAGAUGAAUUGUAUCAAGCAGCCGAGAUCGCAGAACCAAUCUUUCGAAAGGCCAUUGAAAACAAAGUUCAACAAGUUCUAGAUGAAUGCGGAAAUCAAAAUGGAAGCAACAAGUAUAUAGUCUUUGCUCCUUUGAAAAAGAAGCUUCGAGCCGAGGAGAAAGCGCGGAAUGACUACUGUGAUCGCGUUCCAGGCCCUCCUGCUUCUUGGUUGUGCGACAUUGUAAGAGGCAGCAUAGAAUUUACUUGCGCAAAGCAGGUUCUCAAGUGCCUCGAACUGAUCAAACAUGAUGAUUCUCUUCAUAUUGUCAAGGUCAAGAACCGGUUUCAAUCUCCAAGUCUAACUGGCUAUCGGGACAUUAUUAUUCACAUUCAGAUUGAUACAAAGCUAGGAUUCAAGCACAUUUGUGAAAUUCAAAUUCAUCACAAGUUGAUUCGUGAACUAGACAAAACUUUGAAUUCGCAUGGGCAUUAUGAGUACUUUCGGUCCUACUUUGCCGGGGCCACGGCAAGCUUGCAAGAGCGCCUCACCGACCUGGAGCUGAUCAAUGGUGGUGAACAACAGCUGUUGGAUUUAUCUACACUUGAUCAGCUCUUGAAAGAAUGCAUCGACGAGAAACGGCUGGCUAGACUUGAAAUGUUAUUUCGGGACCAGCUAUGCGAAUACGACUGGGCACUUCGAGUGUCCAGAAAGCUACUAGACCUCAGGCUAAACACAUAUGGUAACUGUCACUCCUUGGUUUCGAGCUCUUUAAAAUCUAUAGCCGGUCUACAGCUGCUUCAAGACAGGCCUGAAGAUGCGCUGCGCUUCUACAAAAGAAAUCUGGAAAUCGACAAGAAGCUUUUUGGGCAAAAUCAUCUUUCAGUCGCUGAUACCUACAAUGACAUGGCCAUUGCGCUUCACCGUCAAGGUAAAGUAGAAUCCGGGAAGAGUUUUUUCGAACGGUCUCUAGAAAUAAAGAAGAAUUUGCUCUGGGGAGAGCACUCGGCGAUCGCUGAAUUGUACAGCAACCUUUCGGUGUCGCUACAACAGCAAGGCAGACUGAAAGAAAGCAUGGAGCUCUGUCGCAAAAGUCUUCAGAUAUACGAAAAGAACCAGGGGAAAGACUCGAGUUCGACCGCAAUUGUGUACAAUAACAUGAGCAUAAUUGUCGAGGCCAUGGGAAACCAAGAUAAGGCUUUCCAACUCGGUUCACGAGCAGCAAACGCCUUCAAACGACACCUUGGGGAAGACCAUUCCUUCUUGGCUUGUACCUAUUACAACAUUGCAAGCAUCCUCAUGAAACAAGGCGAUCUUAGUGAUGCUAUGGAAUACUGUUUGCGUUCGUUGAAGAUUAGCGAGAGGAAUCUUAGUAGUGAGCAUUGUUUUGUAACAAUGACGGUCCGUAGAAUGGCGAUAAUUCUUGAGCAACAAGGGGAGAUAGAAAGGGCUACAAAACUCUACGAAACAGCAAGGCUACAGCAGAGAGAUUCUCUUCGCAAACGGUUUACGACGACUAAUCUAUACAUCAAUGAAGUCACGCCGAUUGAUACAGCCCCUUGUCCAAUUUACUUUAGCAGUCAAUCCAAAUUGGCCAAGCCCUGGCGAAGCUUGAAAGGCCGAAUGAUGUCGUCGAAUGGAAAAAGCCAAGCCUGA